AUGCGAUCCAUCUUUUUCACCCCCUUGCUCCUCCUUCUUUUCUCCAUUUUUGCCACUUUCGUCCUGGGUGAUUAUGUUGACAUGGUCAUCGAAUCUGAGAAAGCAUUAGCAGUUGAGAUUGAUCAAUACGCUAACGAUCAUCCUGAUACAUAUGAUUUCAUCGCUCGAACUCAUGAUGAUAAGAUUAUUAUACAAAUCAAAUUUGAAGAUGAUACCGUUGGAAUCCAAGGUUUUUUCACCCCUACACCUGAAUUAGAAGAAGAUUUAUCCAAUGCGCAUUUAUCAAUCAUCCAAUCUACCAUUGCUUCUGGUAUGGAAGGUCAAGGUAGCUCUUUAGAAGACUUGCAAGGUUAUAGAUAUCAUCCAGAUCAUGAUAUCGAUGGAGGAUUGAACAAAAGGCUGGUUUGCCAACCGUGUAGAACUUGUCUGAGGGAUAUCAACGAACAUCUAACGAAAAGAGUUUCACUCUGUGGUCAAUUUUGCUCUACAAGAUUGAGUUGCGUCGUACUUGGAUGUCGAAGAUGUUAUUACACAGGUGGCGCGUGUUACUGGCAGAAAUCAUGUCAAAGAGUGAGUCUUCCAUUUAUAUUUCUGUGA